UCUGUCGCACUUUCGAGUACAAUACCAGUGUCUUCUCGAAUAUUAAAAAGUAAAUAAAAAAAAGAAACAAAAAAAAAAAUCCGCGCCGGGCUUCGCGGGCUUUUCAAAAAUUUAAAAUUCGAAUUUAGAUUUUUAUACAUCUGUCAUUGUAAUUGACAGCUAUUUUUUUUUUAAUUAUAUUUUUUAAUUGUGUUGUAUCCGUAAAGCCCGGCAAGGAGUCUUCUUAUAACCUAAAAAGUUUACUCUUUGCAUAAUAAAGUAGUUGUGCCGCCGGCCAUUUUUAUGUAAUACAAGUAACAGUUGCAUAACUAUCAUUUCGGCCUCAUAUUUUGGUUGUUGCGAUAGUCGGUGGUUUGCCAUGGAUAACACUGUCCGCUUUCCAACGACAACUGUGUCCUAAUUUAAAAAUUUAAAAAGUUUGUGUUCUGUGUUCAAAAAGUGAAGUGUGUCAGGAAUUGAGCUGUCAAAAAAAAUGCAAUAAAAAAGCCGCGAAAUAACCAAAAUCCAAGAUGGCUGCCCCCCAGCUGAUUUCUGUCAGUGACGUCAUAAGUGAUAAUUUGAAGAACGAAAAAGAAAUAAACUAUUGUUCUAAAUGCAUAGACAAUGUGGACGAAAAUAUGAACAAUACUAAUGAGAAUUUAACAGAAGUGCAAAAGUUUUAUAAUGGGAAGAAUAUUUUGAUUACUGGUGCCACAGGCUUCCUUGGCAAGAUACUGGUGGAGAAACUUCUCCGAUGCUGUCCAGGAGUGGAGAAUUUGUAUCUUCUGGUGCGACAGAAGAGAGGAAAGGAUAUUUACACGAGAAUGGAAGAAAUCUUUGAUGAUCCCGUGUUCAGCCGACUGAAGGAUGAGGUGCCGAAGUUCCGUCACAAGGUGGUAGUGGUCCCUGCUGACUGCGAGGCAGCUGGGCUUGGACUGACACUCACUGAUAGACAGAUGCUUACUGAGAAGGUGAACAUAAUAUUCCACUCGGCAGCCACAGUGAAGUUUGACGAGCAUCUCCGAGCGGCGUUACUGACGAAUGUGAAGGCGCCCCUACAUCUACUCCGGCUGGCAAGGGACAUGAAGAAAUUAGACGUACUAAUGCACAUAUCGACGGCAUACUCUAACUCUCAUCUACCAGAGAUUGAGGAGCGGUACUAUCCCUGCGAAGCUGACUGCGAACAACUUCAUCAGAUGAUUGAUAAAAUGUCUGAUAAUGAGAUUAAUAAGAUAUUGCCUAAGAUACUAGGACCGUGGCCAAACACAUACACUUUCACAAAAGCGUUAGCUGAGAAGGAACUGCGGGAGAAUGCGGGAGGCAUACCUAUAGGUAUAUUUAGGCCGGCUAUAGUAAUAUCAACAGCAAAAGAACCUUUGAAAGGUUGGCUAGAUAACAUGUAUGGACCCACCGGAGUUGCUGUCGGCAGUGCCACAGGUAUACUGAGAACGCUGCAAUGCGACGAGAUGGUGUCAGCAGACAUAGUGCCGGUAGACUCAGUGGUCAACUGCCUCAUGGUAGCCGCCUGCAAUGUGCAUCACUCUUAUAAACAAAGUUCACCGCCGCUAGAGCCGCCGAUCUUCAACUACGUGAGCUCAGUGGAGAACCGGAUCACUUGGGGCGAGUUCAUGUUGCAGAACAUGGCCUGGAUACAUUAUUAUCCAUUCUCUGAAGCUGUGUGGUUCAUAUCAUUAAGGUUGACGAAAUCGGCGUUAAUGAACAAAAUCUACGUGCUGUUUCUGCAUUUGAUACCGGCAGCGCUCGUCGACGGACUAGCUGUUUGUUUAGGAAGAAAACCAAAGAUGUUGAAAGUGUACCGUAAGAUACACAAGUUCUCGUCAGUUCUAUCAUACUUCUGCACGAGAGAGAUCAAGUUCUGCAACAGUCGGACGCGGGAGCUUUGGGAGAAGACCUCAGAAGCUGAUAAACAGAUAUACCCGUUCAGUAUGAGCGAGAUGAACUGGGAGGAGUACUUCCAGCACUACCUGGGCGGCAUCAGACGGUUCCUGUUCAAGGAGAGCGACGACACACUACCACAGGCCAGGAUUAAGUGGAAAAGGUUAUACUAUCUACAUCAGAUAGCAAGAUUUAUUUUCUUCAUCCUGGCAGUCUACUGUCUAUGGUGGAUUUUAUCUUUAAUAUGGUGAUUUUAUAAUAAUUGUACAGUUAGGAAAAAGAUUAUUUUUAACGAACACACGAGCACUGUAAAUAAAAGACCACGAACUGUUUUUAAUAUCAAUUUUCCGGUAAUUGGGGAAAGAAAAAUAAUUUUGUACUUAAAUAUGGCAUGAAGUUUUUAUUGUAAUAUAUUUUCUGUCUAUGACUGCCACCAUAUUUUUUUCUUUAAAAAGCAAUAACAAAACGUGGUCACCGAAGAUUUUUUGAAAAGGUCCCACUUGCAAAACCAAAACCAUUGUAAAAAUAAAUAAAAUACAAAUUAAUCUGAUAGGAACUUGAAUAAUUACGGUAGGUACAAACCGAAUGUUACCAAAACCUAAUUAUUAUUAUUUUAGUAUAGGAUUAUGAUUAAAUGUUGUAAAUUACGAUUUUAUAUAAGUUUAUACCUAAGUUAUUUUUAAGAUAUACUUAUUCAAUUUGGUGCUACUUACAAACUUAUUGUCACCCAGACUUGACAAGGAUGCAGAUUUAGAAAGAUCGAUCGAAAAUCUUGUAAAAAAUGUAAUUGUAUAAUGUAUCGAUACUUUAGUAUGUAAGUGAAUAUUGUAAUUAUUAUAUUAUAUCCAAAAAUAAAAUAAAUACUUUGUACAAGAA